GCAGGAGCUCGUCGCCCAGGGUCGCAACACGAUGAUGGGCUACCUCAAGCAGGAAGACGUGACGAAGGACACGAUUGAUGCCGAGGGCUGGCUCCACUCGGGUGACUGCGCCAAGAUUGACGACGAUGCCUUUGGCUCCAUUACGGGUCGCAUCAAGGAACUCAUCAUCACGGCCGGUGGUGAAAACAUCCCGCCGGUCCUUCUCGAGGACGCCGUGAAGGAAGAACUUCCCGUGCUCUCGAACGUCAUGGCCAUCGGUGACCGCCGCAAGUUCUUGACGGCGCUCUUCACGCUCAAGGUUCUCGUUGACGGCGAGGGCAACCCCACGGACAAGCUCGAGUCGACGGUGGCGACGACGCUCCAGUCGAUUGGCUCGUCGGCGACGACGGUCUCGGAAGCGCGCGAGUGCCCCAAGUUCAACGCGCAUCUCAUGGCUGGCUUGAAGAAGGCCAACGCGCGCGCCGCGUCGCGUGCCCAGCACAUCCAGAAGUUCCACAUCCUCGACCACGACUUCAGCGUCAACGGCAACGAACUCACGGCCACGCUCAAGCUCAAGCGCCGUGUCGUCGUCGACAAGUACGCCGACAUCAUCGAGUCGCUGUAUGCGUAAGCGUUGUAGUUUUCCAUCUUUUAUAUCUAUAUACCAACACGUUGUCCUGUCGUA